GCUUUGCUGUGGCUGUGGCUACAGCUCCAAUUCAAUCCCUAGUCUGGGAACCUCCAUGUGCCUCUGGUGGGGCCCUAAAAAAGACACAAAAACUACUGCUAAAAAAUGCUGUCAUCGCUUGGCAAUGCAGGCUUACCAAAAUCAUUCAAUUUGUUAAAAAAUGUAAUAUCUGCAAAGUGCAAUAAAAUGAGGUAUGGCCUCUAUAUAGAGUUUUCAGUUUAGUUGGAUUAUUUCAGUAGGGAACAAUUUUCAUCAGCUCUUUGUUUACCUAGAGUUACAGUUCAUAUAGGAAUGCUGGUAAAAUGCUUAAUUCACUUAUUACAGAAUAAUGACUUGGUUCCUUAGUAUAUUCCAAAAGGUGAACAACUAGGUUUUUUACAAAUAGCAUUAUGAAGCCAUGGAUUUAAGCAUUUUGUGGUUUCAAUCCAUUGCAGUUACUAUUUUUAUUGAUAUGCAAAUUGUCCCAUUUUAGUUAGUGGGAACCUCUUCAAGUUGGCUUCUAAGUCCCUUGGACACAACUGCAGAAGUCUUUGAUCACUUAAUUGCUUUCUGAUAUGACAGAUUUUGUACAUUUCCUGCAUUACCUGUUCAUUACCUGGAGUUAACUUUUUCUAAAGAGCCCUUCUUUUUAGUGAGAAAUGAUAUUUAGGACCCAUAGUCUGGGUGAUAGAAGUGAAAGAACCGUCUGUUUUUUCCUUUUUAAAAUAGUAAUAAAUAUUCUCUCAUACAGUUCCUAUAGGUGAGAAUUCUGAGGUAGUUUAGCUGGUUGGUAAUGAUUAGGUAUAUGAACAAGUUGAUGCUGGCAUUGGCAGGAGAUUUCAGGACUUCAUCAUAUGGACAUUUUAGGGCUUAAUUAAGUCUUUAUGAUGGUGGCUGGCUUCAGAGCCAGUGAUCCAACAUAGCCAGUAGCAUCUUUUGAUUCAUUUUUCUACUAGACAAUAGAGUAUAGUGCUUUGGCUAUGAAUCCAGACUGGUGCUGACACUAACUGUAUGGGUUAAGCAACCAAGUUAUAUAACUCUGUGUGCCUUAUUUCCCUUAGCUAUAACACUGAGAUAACAAUAGUAUCUAGAAUCCCCAUAGUAUAGUGUCUUUGUGAAGAUUCAGACAAUUAGAACAGUCUCUGACACUUAACAUGCAUGGUAAGCACUCAGCCUGCUGCUGUUGCUACUGUUACCACCACCACUGGGUUAAACUAGAGACCUGAAACCUAGUCAGUAAGUUGCCCUUGACAGAAAUAGUCUUUCUUCUUAUUUGCCAAAAAAUUGCCAUGACAGAAAAAAUUGUUUACAGAUUUUGGAUAUCCCAAAGUAUGAUAGAAGAUUAAGGGUUAGAGAAUUAUAGCCAUACUUGUUUGAUUAUAUGCAUGGAGGAUCUUUCAUUCCCAAUCUGUAAUCAUGGAGAUUUUAGUGCAUCGUACGUGUUGAUGUAAUGUGACCAGGAAGCAGCCACACUCCCCUCCCCUUUAACUUUUGUUUUAGAAUAUAGUUUUGCAGAAAGCUGAAAAAAAAUGUUAAGUAGGUCUAGUGGACCUUAACCCAGUUUACCCCAAUGGUAAUAUCUUGUGUAACUAUAUAGUACAGUAUAUCAGUUUUCAAUGAUCGAUUUUCAUUUAGCAGAAAUAGAACAGCCGUUAUAUUCUAAAUAUUUGGAAGUAUAAGUGAUUAAACUUUGAUCUUGAGCAGUUCAGUCCUUCUCUCUGGGUUCUCAUUGUUACAUUUCUGAGUGUGUUUUUUAUUUUGGCUUUUCAUUGUUGAAGCUUGCAUUAGCAGCUCCUUUGAUGUUAAACAUGAUGUUAUUUCUCACAGUCAUAUUUGACUUGUUUUAAAACAACUUUUUGCAUUGUGUCUCCAUUUUUCAUUUAUAAUCUCUACAGCCUCAGAACCAUGUUGUCUGCAUUGUCUUAUUUUAGUCACGUGCCAGUUUUGCAGUGCUACCAAGUCUGGAUCUGAGAGGCAGCUUGUGUGAGUCAUUUACAUAUAUUUCUGUUAAUAUUCCCCAGAUUAAUUUGCAGCUUUACAUUUUCCAUCCAAUUCCAUGUUCAUUUUUAAAAAUUCAUUUUAAGAAGGAAUUUGUCAUAUGCAGGAUUUUAAAACUGGCUCUAAAAGCAGAAGCUAUUCAACAAUAGCAGAAACCAGACAAUAUGUAGGACUUUAAAUAGUAAUUGUUAAACAUUUGAAUAUUCCUAAAAAUAUGAGUCUGUAUGUCUGUGUGUGACUCUACAUGUGUUAUUCCACUAGGGACUUACACAGUUAGGUUUUGCACAAUAUCCUUGCUGUUAUUGUCAGCCAUAAACAAAUUACACGUAUUUAACAAGUUAAUGUCAGAUUGGCCAGGAGCCACUGGGAGGUGUGUACUUAGUGACAUCAGCUGGCAAAGAGCCCUGGUAACAGAGAGGGUUGGAAGGGUAGUGGAGGGAGAGGAAGCAGGAGGAAGGGAGAAAAAGAGAGAGACAGAGAGACUGACUGUAUCUGGGGAUUCUGGCAAGGUGAAGAGCUGGUCUGUUUGGCAGGACCUUCCCAUCUGGGAUCCAUCUGUGUUUCCCUGGAAUGGGACAGGCAGCUCUAGUCAGUGAGAAAUCGCAGAUGUGAGAGAGCUGACACAUGUCCAGCUAAUGAAAGAAGGAGGAAGGCUGGUUUCAGAUUGGGCUUUGAAGAUUAGGAGUAGAAAAAGAGGAGCUUUUAUAUAUCUAUUUCAAAUAAAUUUGGUAUAUUUUAAGAACUGGAUUAUUAUAAUCUGGGCAUUUGUGUUGGUGCUGACAAAAGAGUGCCAGCAAUGCCUGGAUCACCUGUGGAAGUGAAGAUUCAGUCAAGAUCCUCACCUCCCACCAUGCCGCCUCUCCCACCAAUAAAUCCUGGAGGACCUAGGCCAGUGUCAUUCACUCCCACAGCAUUGAGCAAUGGCAUCAACCAUUCUCCCCCUACCCUAAACGGCGCCCCAUCACCACCACAGAGAUUCAGCAAUGGUCCUGCCUCUUCUACAUCAUCUGCACUAACAAAUCAACAGUUGCCGGCCACUUGUGGUGCUCGGCAGCUCAGCAAGUUGAAACGCUUUCUCACCACUCUGCAACAGUUUGGCAAUGACAUCUCACCUGAGAUUGGGGAGAAGGUGCGGACUCUUGUUCUAGCAUUGGUGAACUCAACAGUAACAAUUGAAGAAUUCCAUUGCAAGCUCCAAGAGGCUACAAACUUUCCUCUUCGUCCUUUUGUUAUUCCCUUCCUCAAGGCCAACCUGCCUCUGCUGCAGCGAGAACUGCUACACUGCGCUCGGGCCGCCAAGCAGACCCCAUCCCAGUAUCUGGCUCAACAUGAACACCUUCUGCUCAACACAAGCAUCGCGUCUCCUGCUGACUCUUCUGAGCUGCUCAUGGAAGUGCAUGGAAAUGGAAAGAGGCCCAGUCCAGAGAGGAGGGAAGAGAGCAGUUUUGAAAGAGAUACAGUUCCUCCUGAGCCUCCCGCCAAGAGAGUGUGUACCAUUAGCCCUGCUCCCCGGCACAGUCCUGCCCUCACUGUGCCUCUCAUGAAUCCUGCGGGCCAGUUUCAUCCUACUCCUCCGCCUCUUCAGCACUACACCUUAGAAGAUAUUGCAACUUCCCACCUGUAUCGUGAACCCAACAAGAUGCUAGAACAUCGAGAAGUUCGUGAUAGACACCAUAAUCUUAGUCUAAAUGGAGGCUAUCAGGAUGAGUUGGUAGACCACCGUUUGACAGAAAGGGAAUGGGCCGAUGAAUGGAAACAUCUUGAUCAUGCCCUGAAUUGCAUCAUGGAAAUGGUAGAGAAAACAAGGCGCUCUAUGGCAGUCCUGCGGCGCUGUCAGGAAUCAGAUCGGGAAGAACUCAACUAUUGGAAAAGACGAUAUAACGAAAACACAGAGAUGAGGAAAACAGGGAGCGAGAUGGUCUCCAGGCAGCACAGUCCUGGGGGCACAGAUUCUCUCAGCAAUGAUUCUCAACGGGAAUUCAGCAGUAGGCCAGGAACAGGAUAUGUACCUGUGGAGUUUUGGAAAAAAACUGAAGAAGCUGUGAAUAAGGUGAAAAUUCAGGCCAUGUCAGAAGUACAGAAAGCCGUUGCUGAGGCAGAGCAAAAAGCCUUUGAAGUGAUUGCAACCGAGAGAGCUCGGAUGGAGCAGACUAUAGCGGAUGUCAAACGGCAAGCUGCAGAGGAUGCCUUUCUCGUCAUAAAUGAGCAAGAAGAGUCAACGGAGAACUGCUGGAACUGUGGCCGCAAAGCCAGUGAGACCUGCAGUGGCUGCAAUAUCGCACGAUACUGCGGCUCUUUCUGCCAGCAUAAGGACUGGGAGCGGCACCACCGCCUCUGUGGCCAGAACCUGCACGGCCAGAGUCCACACAGCCAGGGCCGGCCGCUGCUUCCUGGAGGGAGGGGCUCCUCAGCCCGGUCUGCCGACUGCAGUGUGCCAAGUCCAGCCCUGGACAAGACCUCGGCAACCACCUCGCGCUCCUCAACACCUGCCUCUGUCACGGCCAUCGACACCAACGGACUCUGAGCCCCAGGUUCACGUACCCCUGAUGGCCUCACAGCACAACAGAACACUGCAUGGGAGGCUGGCUGUUUGAACCAGUGCAAGUAGCUGUUGGGCCAUCAUCAAGAAGUGAAGUGGAGGCAGGAAGACUUCAAGCCCAGCAAACACUGUUCCACAGCCUCUCCAGACACCUGCCCUAGUUUCCUGUCUGCGUUCUUGGGGGAAUUCAUGAGCACACAGACAGCUGACUGGAGCUGCCCCUUCCAUGGCUUCCUGGUUUAUUCCUCUCCCGGCUGAAGCUGGCAUGGCCAGCCACUUUUCAGUGAAGACCACCAGCUCCCCUCCCUGCCUCGUGAGGCACCAGACUGUCGAAAAUGCCCAGCCAGGCUGGAAGCAGCUCAUCCCAUGCACUGUCCUGCAACAGAGGCCCAGAGGCUGAUAGCAAGCUAGGGAGGAGGCCCCUCCUUCCCAGAGAGUGGUUCCUCUUGCCCCUGAACAGCUCCUUGAGCCCCAUUUCCGCCCUCAGCAGGUGCCACUGAUUGACUGGUCCCAUGGGGACUUGGGCAGGCAAAAAGCAGCACUCAGGACUCCCUCCUCAACCCUGCUGUUCAGACUAAUUCUCAGAAACCACUGUAAAAAAGUCACCGUUUCAGUAAAAGCACCCGUAAUAAAAAAAUAAAACUUCCACCAAGCAUCACAGAUCCUUUCGGACAAGAUUUUCCAACUUGGUGGCUCUUUUAGUUUGGGACCCUUUUUUUCCUCUUAUUUGAUUUUGCUUAUGCAGAAAAUAGUUUUCAGCACAUGGAUUGGUCUGAGGGAGAAUGCGACUCAAUUGUGAACAGUCUGUUCUCUCUGAGCAUGUUGGCCAACCAGUAUCGUCAAAUUAUUGAGUGGAUCAUCUAUUGGAAAUGCAGAACCUUUUGUCACCGCUUGGCUCUUCGCAGUCAUCUUGUACCAUGUCAUUUUAUCUCAGACCACGCACAUCCAGAUCUCUGCGCGGAUCUUCUUCCCAUGGUCUCUCUUUGGCACCUCUGAAGCCACAGUUGACUCAUAGAAUGUGAUGUGGUGUAGCUACAUCUUGCCUAACCAGUGAAAGGCCUGGUCACGUCUGAGCAGCCCUCUUGGACCUAAAAGAAUUCUUCAAACCUUGUCAUUCUACGUCCUAUGUCAGUUUAUUACUGGGCAUCAGUUUCCCUUCUUCUCUUUUGUUGCUACCUACCCUCUUUGAGCUAAGAAAAGUUCUGUGAAAUGUGACAGCCAUUUGAGAGAGCCUGACCAAUUUUCCUUCCUGUCUUCAGGGAGUUUUCCAGCUGCUUACCUGGCUCUCCAAACAUGACAUCACCUGUACUCCCUUUAAAAUGUUAGAAACUGCCACACACUUUCUUCCCUGCCAUUCGAGUUCUAUUGGGAACCCAAGGAGCCUGAACCUCCCCCCCUUUCCACCUCCAAGCUUCCUGCACACUCUUGCCCCAAGGAAUCAAUUGGGGUGAGUUGAUUGGCCCACUCCUGCUGGCCCUUGAAAGCUCUCAGUAAGGUAUCAGCAUAGGUAGAACUGUCCUUUCGUAUAAGUAUAUCUAAAGUCCCUAAUUUAUCUUACCCAAGGAUUUUCUGUCUUAAGCUCAGGGAGUUCCCGUUGUAGCUCGGGGGUAACGAACCCAACUAGGAUCCAUGAGGACUCGGGUUUGAUCCCUGGCCUUGCUCAGUGGGUUACAGAUCUGGCGAUGCUGUUGAGCUAUGGUGUAGGUCACAGACACGGCAUGGAUCCCAUGUUGCUGGGGCUGUGACGUAGGCCGGCAGCUACAGCUCUGAAUCAACCCAGCCUGGGAACUUCCACAUGCCACGGGUGCGGCCCUAAAAAGACAAAAAGAAACUCAGUCCAAGACACCGUUAAAAUACCUGGAUUUCAACUACAUAAAGUAAGGUAUCCCCAGAGAAAAAAUGACAGAUAGUUACUUUAUUGUGGAACUCCUUGAGCUGCAGCAGUUGUGGUGUUCUGACUAAUAGGGAUGAAAUCAGUACCCUAGACAGGAGUUGCCUACAUCUCCCUGUGAUAUUCCAUGAUGUUCCAUGAGAGGAGGUCACGGAGCCCAUAAUCAGCAGCAAGAGAGUGUCUCCUGGUGUCCACUGGUUCUUCCUCAGCUCCCUUUUUCAUCAGCAAGGUGGCUGAACAUCUGGGCAUGUUCUUUACAUCCUCAGUGGCUGCAGGACUAUCCACUGUAUCUCAGUUUUUUGUUUUUUGUUUUUUCUGGUUGGAAUAAAGAGCCAAAACCAACUGAGUACUAUUCAUCAGGGCUCAAUGUCAGUUUCUACAGCUAAAGUUUAGGUUUAGUGUGCAGGGCCUAGCUGACUUUUGUGGGCUCUGGUUCCAAUGACAGCUUAAUUUUCAGAAUUUUUGUAACGCUGUUCUAAACUGCUUUACUUAUAUGCUACCCAGAGGCCAAGCUGAAAACUUAAGCAGUGUUCCACACUGCAAUUCAGUUUUUAGGCCUUUUGCUGAAUUAAUUUAGGUUAGUUUCAUUCAUAAGUUGAUAGGGCAUCUGUCUCUAAGAUUUUUUUUUUUUGCUUGCACCCAUGGCAUGCAAACAUUCCCAGGCCAGGGGAUGAACCCACACCACAGCAGUGACAACACCAAGUCCUUAAUCACUAGGCCACCAGGGGGCUCCCCAGACUUCCUAUUUCAGUGUAAAGAAACCUUUUCUCCAGCUCCCUCUUUUCUGAAAUUCUUUGGGAGGAGAAGGGACACUGACUUGGUGGGGUGAGGACACUGGAGGGGCAGACACGAGGCCAGGUUCCCCACUUGGUUUCCUGCGUCUGCUGGUACCACUUCAGCUACUAGGGUGAAGGUGCAGAUUCAGGCUUCCUCCUUUCAUCUAAUUAGAUUUAGAUAUUUUAACAUCAGACUGCUUAGAGGACCAAACUCUUUAUAGUUUGAGGGGACAAAAAAAAGACAUGGUGGUGGUACUGAAGGCAUUGUCAGAGUAGUCACAGGCUCUUCAGUGUUGUCCGAGAAGCCAAAAGCAAAUGAGACACGUGCCUGCCCCCUGUCAGAGCACAUCUGGAGAAUGAGGCCAGUGCUCGGCAUCACCCACUGACAAGUGAUGGGACACCACUGCCCUCUGCCCAGUGAGGAAUGGUUGCAGGAACCAGAGAUGACCAGAAGUGGCCAACAUGAUCUUCUGGUUCUGAGGGAAGCUUGGGGGCUGGAUCCUCAUAUCUUCAAUUGCCCUUUGGGGCCCCACUGCCUGCAUCAUGCCUGACUCCACCCAGCAUUAAGAACAGACCCAGGUUAAUUCCACCUGCUCAGCAAUAGGCAGCCCUCCUCCUGAGCUGUGAGCACUCCACUUGGAAGCAUCCUUGCAGCAUCCAAGAUGGGACUCAAGCAGAUCUGCUCAGGCACAGUCAUGGGACUCCAAGGUCACAGAGCAGGUGGAUCUUGGACAGUGCUGAGUCAUGUAUGGCUCUCAGUGGAUCUACAUAUGGAAACAAGACCCAUCUCUCCAGCACGGGGCCAUGUCUGGCAUUGGCUGCAAUGGGCCCUCUGCGGCGUGGAUGACCUUUGCACAUCUGGGCCAGGUGGACCACCAGGAGCUCCUCACUUCUUGGUGUCAACAUGAGCAUUUUCAGCUUCUAGAUGGAAAAUCUAUACUUCACUUUGUACAGCCUUGUCCCAGAGUCGAAUUGAUCUGCAGUGCUGUCACCUGCUUGCAAAGAGUAGACUUGUUCUGGGUAGUUCUAGAAGAUUUCUCAGCAAGUAGGUUUUGAAGGUUCAGCAACACAAUGGCAAUUGUGUGGUCACGAAUUCUUUGGGAUGAGAUCAUAAAUAAUGACCAGGUGGCUGUUUGUCCUGGAAAUUAUAGAUGGGAUUAUGGAUUGAGUAAAUCAUUUAAAAUAGAACUCAUCUUGGGAGCUUUCUUCAAAACUGGUUUCCGGGCUCCCAGGUCAGUAGACCAAGCCAGCUUUCUUAGAUUUUUUUUUUUUUUUUAAGCUAUUUACAGAGAACUGGGUGGUGGCAUGUUUGAACCAAAUGUAAGAAAAGCCAGAGGGACCUGGACUAUUCCAGCAUGGGCUAGCUGGCCAGCUGUUGGGGAGGAGUCCUGCCUGGGGUGGGGCAGGGUACUGGGCGAGCUGUUGAACAUAGUCCUUCCAACUCUGAGUGUUUGUAGUUCUUGUGAAACCAAAACGUUGACUACCUGCCUCUUUGCCCACGCGUAUUGACAUGCUCAAUUCCAAAGACAAUGGUGCAGGUGACCUCUUCCAUCUUGAGCCAGGAGAAGGUUGAGGCCUGAGGGCAGACCUAGCAUCUUCCCUUUGCCUCCACAGCCCCAGAGAUGGCACUUCCCCUGCUACCCCAUCUGGUCAGACCCACAACUGCCCAGUGUACAUUCAUUGAUGCUUAUACCAAAUAGGGCAUGUGUGGCUGGCAGCUGGCAGGGACAGCCCCGUCCCUGUGUUGGAGUUGGCAGAGAGAAGCAGCAAUAAGCAUUUAGGUGAAUGGCUGAAAGUGCUGUUUGGCUAAGAGGCCUUCAGUCCACUUUCACAACUUUCCAAGUUCCUGAUGAGGCUACAAAAGCUCCAUAAAAGAAAACCAGUAAUGUAAAUAAAUCAAAAACUAAGCUUCCAAGCGUAGUUUUUAAAGGGGGAUGAUGAAAUGAUGAAUGUGAAACCACCCACAGGAUGCGGUAGAGUCGGUUUUUCUGUGCUUUGUCAUUUUACUCUGAUAGGAACUUUUGUUACUUAACUCUGUGCAUAACUUAUUUAAUGUACUGUAUAAAUGAACCAAAACUGUUAAAUAUGUAUUUAGUUUGUUCUACUUAAAGUAGUCAAUAAAAAGGCUAUAUUCCU